CCGAUAAUACAUCCCGUCGAUUGGAUCGAGAGAAAGCUGGAGGCAGGUUGUCAUCCCGACUGGAUGUAGAAUCAUUUUCCCAGUUUUGUGAGGAAGAAUCGGAUAAAAUGCCGUCGCUUUUAUUCUGUGGGCCCAAGUUGGCCGCAUGUGGAAUCGUGUUAAGCAUCUGGGGUGUCAUUAUGCUGUCAAUGUUGGGAAUUUUCUUCAGUGCAAAAUCUGCUGUGCUGAUCGAAGAUGUUCCAUUUACUGAGGAAGACAUCCGUGAUGACAAGAAUCCACCGCAGACCAUUUACGGACUCUACAACCAAGUCGGCAUCAACUGCUUUAUUGCUGCUGCCAUCUAUGUAGGUGUCGGCGCAGUGUCUCUCUGUCAGGUUCGCCUUAACAAGCGCCAGGAGUACAUGGUCACAUAAACCCAAACAAUUUCAAAUUCAACAGCAAUUAUUUGUAAUUAUUUAUUUUUAAAAGACUUCUCAGUGAUCUAGGAGCAAAGUUUGUUCUGUUACAUUGUCUGAAUUGGAUAUAUUUGGCAGUUCGUCUUCAGGACAAAAUCUAAACACAAGAUAUAUUGAUAGUGUAAUGAAUACAAAGUGAAAUAAUCAUGAGAAACGGUACAUAUGCACUGAUACAUGCAGUGUGCAUAUAUACGCAUGCUAUGUAUUAUAUAUUUUCCAGAAAUAUUCAGAUCUUUGGCUCCACACUCCCUAUGAUAUAAAUAAACAAAACAAGCAGAAAGUCUUUAACAGUUGUCUUCUGAUGAACCUAAAAAACACUAUGAGUCCAUAUGAUAGUAGCUGGUGUUCAUGUAGAAUGUGUGAAUGUUUUUACUUUUUUUAUUUCGAUGUUUAAAUGUUUGUAUGGUAAUAUAAAUGUCUGUUGUUUUACUGGAGUACAUCCUACAACCCUUGUGCUGUAUACUUGAUAUUAUCACAACUGUGAUGAACAAGAUAUGUGAAUGAAGAGUCUCACGUUUCCUUCAAUAAAAUACUAGUGAAAAAAUA